AUGGAGGAGCUGGUGCCCCCUCAUGCCAAUAUCGGCGUCCCUGACCUGGGGCAGAAGCAAACACAAGGGAAUGAUAUUCCACCCUGUGGCCGUGUGGAAUCAGACAACCAUGAACUGCUCUUCACUGGAGCUGGGGUGUCUGCCCAUGAACAAGCUUCCAAAGGAAAAUCAGUAAAGCUUGGUGCUGGACUCAAGGCCUCCUGUUUUUAUGCUGAUUCUAAGCAGCUCUGGACCUCAGGCUGUUCUCCCCCAGGCAAAGUCAAAGAGGCUGUGAAGGUGGCCAUUGAUGCAGGAUAUCGCCACAUCGACUGCGCCUACAUCUAUGAGAACGAGAAUGAGGUGGGGGAGGCCAUCCAGGAGAAGAUUCAAGAGAAGGCGGUGAAGAGGGAGGACCUCUUCAUCGUUAGCAAGCUUUGGCCCACCUUCUUUGAGAGACCACUCGUGAAGAAAGCCUGUCAGAAGACCCUCCAGGAUCUGAAACUGGAUUAUCUGGACAUCUACCUUAUUCACUGGCCUCAGGGACUACAGGCUGGGAAGGAAUUUUUCCCCAAAGAUGAUAAAGGCAAUGCUCUCCCUGGGAAAGCCACCUUCUUGGAUGCCUGGGAGGUCAUGGAAGAGCUCGUGGAUGAGGGGCUGGUGAAAGCCAUUGGGGUCUCCAACUUUAACCACCUGCAAAUCGAAAGAAUCUUGAACAAACCUGGACUGAAACACAAGCCUGUGACUAACCAGGUCGAGUGCCACCCAUACCUCACACAGGAGAAACUGAUCCAGUACUGUCAUUCUAAGGGCAUCACUGUCACUGCGUAUAGUCCGCUGGGAUCUCCAGAGAGACCUUGGGCCAAGUCAGAUGACCCUUCCCUACUGGAGGACCCCAAGAUUAAGGAGAUUGCUGUAAAGCACAAAAGGACCACAGCCCAGAUUCUGAUCCGGUUCCUCAUCCAGAGGAAUGUGGCCACGAUCCCCAAGUCUGUGACCCCGACACGCAUCAUUGAGAACUUUAAUGUUUUUGACUUUCAACUGAGUGAUGAGGAGAUGGCCACCAUCUUCAGCUUCAACAGGAACUGGCGAUACUGCCACAUAAAGCAUGAUGCUUUGGAGAAGUCUGACGUCAACGUGACUGCUUUUCCUCGCUUGUCUCAUUUGGAUGAAUUCCCUUUCCAUGAAGAGUACUGAAGCUGAGGCCCUGAUAAGAUCACGUCGCACGCAGUCUUCCUCUCUUUUUAUUAGCACGUAACGUUUUCCACCUCGAUCCUGUUUUAACCAAGCUUACCUGAACUUGUAGAUCUUGUAAACCAGAGUCAUGACAUUGUUGUAUCUAGAGCAGCGUGUGCUGCCAGGAGCAGAUAAACCCAGGGCCAUAACUCAGUUAAGCAG